AUGAAAAGAGCCACAAUUGCGAUACUCGCGCUAAGCCUGCUGCAUGCUAAAAGAGACAGCACGGUUCGAAAACACCCAGCACAGCUUCUGGUUGAAAAUAUUAGAAAUACUGCAAAAUGGUUUGGUGCACAGCUUAAACAAAACAGCCACCUAUACCAAGAUGAUGAUGAAGCCUCUUCAGAGAGGGAGGCCAUUUCCAGAAGAGAAGCCGGCCCUCGGUGCUCGCCCGAAAAUGUUAUUAGAAAACUUCAGGACCAUAUUAAGAACAACGGCACACUAAAUAACAUUCAUAAUUCUAACGACAGAUGCAUAAAUAGCUACUUUGGAGAAAGAGAGAGCUUUAGACCGCAUGACACACACCAUCAUAAUAAAGAUACGUAUGAGCCUGGGUAUAAUCCAAAAAAAGAUGAUGAGCCGGAGCUAAUUUGUGAAUAUCCUUCUAAGAGGAUGCCAGACGGCAAGUGUGUUCCAUUGGCCGACAGCCCUAAAACCAACAGCGGCACAUACCGGCCGCCGUAUGACUACAGUGCACCCCCCACGAUCUCAUACAGUAUGCGCAGUAUAUUACAGAAAGGAGCUGAAAUGUAUAAGAAUGUUGCAGAGAGUCCUUUAGCGAAUGCAAUAUCAAAUUCCUAUCUAGAAAACAAUAAUAGGCCGCCGAAUGAAUACAGCUCUGGAUAUCCAUCGCAUGAUAACGGUUAUAACAACUCCAACAACUGGAACAGCUCAAAUAGCUGGAAUAAUACACCUCCACAUGAAGACUACUCAACUUCACCAGGAACCACUAUUCUUCCAAUGUACUGCUCUCUUUCUUCUAAUAAGAUAGUUCCCUACAUUAUUUCUUAUGGCCCUCCCGAUAAAAGUAAGAAGCGAAUGUUUGUCAACUUUCCAACAUCAGAAACACUUCGUGAUGAAAACAACAGUGGAAGUCCACUAAAAAAGCUAAAUGUAACAGAUACAGUUUUAACAAGCCCACUUACCUUGGCAUCUCUCACAGAUAUAGCAUCAAAAAUUCAAAUGGAAACUUCUUCAAGCAAAAUUAUUCACAUAACAAUCAAUGACACUCCAAUUAUUCGGGUAAGCCAGGAGCACCUGCUCCAUCCCAUGUGCACAGAUGGCACUUUAUGCCUAUUGGAAAGCAAAUGCAUGUCUACAUCAGACACCACCUGCGAGAACUACAAAGUAUGCGCUCCUCCUACGAUUCAAGGCUUUAUUAAAUCCAUACCGGUAAAUUACAAAAAUGAAAAGACUUCUAUGGUAGUGUAUAGUGCUCUAAAAAAAGAAUUUAGCAUAGAGCGACUAUUCAUUGAAAACCAGCAGAUCCAUCCACAUAAUAUAGAAUAUAUAAGCAUAGAAGCGAAUCUUCUGGAGAAUUCGCCUGUUUCCGCUGAAGUAGUUAAAAAAAUACAGAGUGCAAUUCUGGAAUCACGACAGCACACUCCUGGCUCAGCAAGGCCUGGCCGUGCCUCCUUCCUUAUUGAAUCAAAUAACUCCCGUGGUUUUAUUAUAUUUCUGCUAAUAAAACAGAUUUUAGAAGACAACGAACACCAUGCCAUUACAGAGACCAUAAAGGCCCAGAUGCGGAAUGUAUAUAUGCAAAUAUUCAAAAAUGAAAUACAGUCAGAUUUAGCAGCAAGCACUGUAACAAAGGACAUAGAUGCCCUUGUGACUGUACUAAAUGAAUCUACCUCAUCCAUCGGAAACCAUUUCGCCAACCAAGGAUCAGCACAGCCUUAUCCGUAUACACAAAACAACAGCUAUCCAGGAAGCUAUCCACAGCAGAAUAAUAUGCCGCCAUACAGUAAUGGGUAUCCAAAUAACUACCCGAAUCCAAAUGCACAAAGUACAGGUAACAGUGGAUACAAUCCAUCUGGCCCAUAUAACAACCCGCCCACAGGAAAUCAAAUGCCUAACGGAAGCUACCCUGCUAACUAUCAAAGAAACAAUCAUCCUAACAACUAUGGGUAUAACCCAAAUAAUAUGAAUCAGCCUAAUCAAAAUUAUCCAGAUAACUAUAGACAAAAUAACAAUUACAAUAGAUAGAUCUAGCCUGAAAUGCCAUUACAUUAUUAACACAGACUCAUUCAGUGAUUUUUCAAGCCUCAUCUAUUUUGUAUGAACUCCUACUAAUACUGUCUAUCUUUAUUCUGAACAGAACUCUUAUUCUUCACUGUCACUAUAU